ACUCACUCCGGUUCCGAGGCUUCGUGUAUACAUGAUAAGGUAGGAGAAUAACGUUUCAGAAGCACCCUUCGUGAGCUAGGAGACAGCAUGAUCAGUGACCGGUACUGGAGUGCCCAGUCCACCUUCACGGCUUCCUCCUCCUCCAGGAGCUUGAUAGCCGGCAUCGCCCGCCACAGCACCUCAGCUGGAGAAGCGCUCCUGGAAGCCCUAACGCUUGAACUAGACCUCGAGUAAAUAGGGCUUAGCCUCUCCCGAGCCCAGCAUGUGUGGGGGGCGGACUGAGAGGUACGUGGCCGCCAUGGUGCUGAGUGCAGCUGGAGACGCCUUGGGGUACUUCAAUGGAAAGUGGGAGUUCCUCCGUGACGGGGAGAAGAUCCACCGGCAGCUGGCCCAGUUGGGUGGCUUGGACGCCAUAGACGUGGGAAGGUGGAGAGUCAGCGACGACACAGUGAUGCACUUGGCCACGGCGGAAGCCCUUGUGGAAGCCGGGAAAGCUCCCACGUUGGCUCGACUGUAUUCUCUCCUCGCUAAGCAUUACCAAGACUGCAUGGGAGACAUGGACGGCCGGGCACCAGGUGGUGCCUCAGUGCAGAACGCCAUGCUGCUGGAGCCGGACAAGGCCGACGGCUGGAGGAUCCCCUUCAACAGCCAUGAGGGUGGCUGCGGGGCUGCCAUGCGGGCCAUGUGCAUAGGUCUCAGAUUUCCUCACUACAGCCAGCUGGACACACUGGUCCAAGUGAGCAUCGAGAGUGGCCGAAUGACCCACCACCACCCAACAGGCUACCUCGGUGCCCUUGUGUCUGCUCUUUUUACUGCCUAUGCCGUGAAUGGCAAAGCACCCUGGCAAUGGGGAAAAGGACUGAUGGAGGUGCUACCAGAAGCUAAAAAGUACAUUGUCCAAUCAGGCUACUUUGUGGAGGAGAAUCUUCAACACUGGUUCUACUUCCAAAACCAAUGGGAAAAGUACCUAAAACUUAGAGGGCUUUUGGAUGGCAAAUCAGCCCCUACCUUCCCCAAGCCCUUCGAUGUAAAGGAGAGGGAUCAGUUCUACACCUCCCUGAGCUACUCUGGCUGGGGCGGCAGCAGUGGACAUGAUGCCCCCAUGAUUGCCUAUGAUGCCAUCCUUGCUGCAGGAGACUCCUGGAAGGAGCUUGCCCACCGAGCCUUUUUCCAUGGUGGAGAUAGUGAUUCUACAGCUGCCAUUGCUGGCUGCUGGUGGGGGGUUAUGUAUGGUUUUAAAGGAGUGAUUCCUUCCAAUUAUGAGAAACUGGAAUACAGAAACCGGCUGGAAGAGACCGGUAGGGCUUUAUAUUCUCUUGGGUCACAGGAAGACACUGUAAUUACCCCUUAGGGAGAGGAGAUGUUCAUUUCUGGUGGUUUCUUCAUGUAGUCCCUUUUCUGCUCAGUUUCUUCUCACUUUUUCCAAAGUCAAGAGUCUUACCCUUGUAUUCAGGAAAUUUCAGAUAACAAGUCCCUUGGGCACCUUAAGCUCAAUCUUUCCAGACUCAUCCUGUUCUCCCUGAAUCUAUCACUCUUCUUAUAAUGAAGUCUUUUAUCUCAGUUGAUGGAGUCAGUGUCUCCCAAACUAGAAAUCUCAUAGUCUAAUAUUUGAGUCUUCAUUUACAUUAUGUGAUUGUUCACUAAGUGUUUCCUGUUUGUCUUAGAUUGGGUCCACUCCCUGCUCCCCAAAGUGGGUUUGAGCACAAGUAGUUUAUUUAGGAGGUGAUUCCAGGAAACACUGGUAGGAGAAUGAGGAAGUGAGACUGGGGAGAGAAGGGAGCCAGGGUAGGGUGUGUCAAUGAGCAGGUUUCUCCUGUGGGCAAUUGGGGUCAGCCCAUCUGGGCCCUUUGCCUAAGGCAAUUCUCAGAGUUGUCCCACCCGAAGGGCAAGCAGACCUGCGGAAUUUACCCACUGACUUUCAUCUGACUUUAGUUGAGCACCACUCCCAGAGAUGCCAACUCCCUGGUCCUUCUUGGCUUGCCUUUUGUGCAAGCCAAAGAUGAAUGUCUUCAGAUGAAGACUCAGAGAUGUGUGCGGUGGCAAGCUGUAAGGUGCCUAGGAACAGUGAGGGGUAUAUGUGGGGUCCUAACAACAUCUGCUGGACUGUUCUACCUCCUAAAUAUACUUUGAAUCCAUCACCUUUUUUACCUUCCUGCACUGAGUAUUUUUUGGCUGGAUUCCUGCUAUCCAAGCUACUCAAGUCUGGGGAGAUGCUUCUCCUUGCUGCUCUUGGUAAUUUCCUUGUCAUGUUACCAGUUUUGUUAUUGUCUAUCUGCUUGUCUGUGUUCUCCUGUAGACAGAACCUAGUACAAUGCAUGAGCAUACAAUACACACUCAGUCAGUAUACAAUAAAUGAAUGUUGUUAACUAGCCUCCUGUCUGAUGCCUCCCUCAUUACCCUCCAAAGUUAUCUUUACAAACUAUGAAUUGAUCAUGCCGGACUGCUGAUCAUGUUCCAAUGAAUAUAUCACCCCCUUUCUUCAUUUCUUGAUGUUCUUUCCUCUCCUUUUCCACCUGGUAAAUUCUUACUCAUCCUCCAGACCCAGCUCAAGUAGAACUUCCUAGGUGGGACCUGCUGAUGGUUCAGGCCCUCGGCCACCUUCUCCUACUCCACCCACAGCCUUCUGUCCUCUCCCUGAUACCACACUGAUCCUGUUGUGUGGUGACUGUGCAUCAUCUGGGUCAGUCUCAGGUGCACACUGCCCAGCAGACAUCCCACUCAGAAAUGAGAUGCCAUUGUUACCUUCAGUUGGUCACCCUCAGUCAGCCUGGAGACCUGCUGCCACUGGCUUGUUGUCAGGGGAAAGGGAGAGCACUGCCUUACUUCCCCUUUCAGGAAAACCACAGAACUAUGGCUCUCAUGAUUUCUCCUUCAGAUCCCUGGUUUUCAGCUGGGAGGGGAGGGCAAGGUACGUCUUACAACAGCAGUCCCGUGCCUCCUAGUUAGUCCUAUAGGACUUUGUUUUUCCAAGUCCUUCCAGUCUCUUGAGAAUGUGGUGGAGGAUGUGUGCAGGGGAGGGGAGAGAUGUGUUAGCGUUUGUUGUUUUCUGGGGUAGGGCUUGAGCUACAAUCAUAGGCAGCAGGAAAAGAUUCUUCAGAGAUCUUGUUAUGUUUGUUUUGCCUAUUCUCUCUCCAUCACAGGCACACUUCAAAAAGCGUUUAGGCUUUCAGACUCCUUUUUUUCAAACCUUCUCCCCAGACUUCACUCUCAGCUGGUGACCUUGCCUCCUAUUUCUCUGAGAAAAUAAAAGCAAUUUGCAGA